AUGCAGCUUAUUGUCGUCAUCGCCAGCUAUAUCAUCUGGGCCUCCUUACUCAUUUACGGAGUUUAUCUCCGAAAGAAGGAGAAUACGUGGUUUUACGUUAUUAUUGCGUUUGCUGCGGGCUUCGGUGGAAUAUUUGAGCCAAUCUACGACAAUGCGUUGAUGCUUUACUUCUACGGCCCCGGCCAGUGGACAGCCUUCAACUCGAUGGGCGUCCCGCAGCCCAUGUGGGUUUAUAGCGGCUAUGCGACUCUUUACGGCACCAUCUCGGUGUUUCUAAAUCGCCAGAUCGCCAGCGGCAUCACACGUCGAUGCUUCUUUCACUACGCCGCCAUCGAGCUCGCCAGCUCAUGUCUCUUCGAGAUCGUCGUUAUCAACGGCGGCGUGUACGAGUACUGGGGUCCUCACGUGCUACGCAUUUUCAAAUACCCCAUUGUCAUUGGCAUCCUGGAAACUGUCCAGGUGAUGUUUUACAGUGUCGCCGUCGCCAAUCUGCGUGCUAGAAGCGAUUGUACGCUCUACCAUCUUGUUGGCGCAUUACUCAUAUUUCCUAUAACCUUUAUGGCGGCGAACAUCGGUGUCGGUGCGCCUCUCAUCAUCAGCCUACAUUCUUCUAUUCAAUCCGACGCCUUGGUCACCUUGGGGACGAUAGCAUCUAUAUUGGGCUCGGUCAUCGCCAUCAUGGCUCUCCCAGCCAUGAUCCCCGGGAUCGAGGAGGGAGUAAGAUUGCCAACAGACUCUUCAAAUUCUUAA